AGAAAGGCCAAAAAAAUACCAACAAAGGAAAGAGGAAGAAGAAGAAUAAGAAGUUGAAAGGUCGACGCCAUUGGAGACAACCAGAAGAGGGACAACAAAAAAACAGAGAAAGCAGAAAGAACUCACAAAUCCAAAACUUGACCUAAUGGAUUCUCGUUCUCUCUGUGUCGUCUUCUUGGGCUUCGUCUAGAGGAGAGAGAGAGAUCGCCGGAUCUAAAAUCGGAGGAGAUCGGUCGGGUCGGACAUGGAGGAAUCGGCGACUUCAUCUUCAUCGUUGACCCCUUCAUUUUCCAUUUUUACGAAUUACCCUCUGAUUUCCGCCGUCGCAGCUUUCGCCAUCGCUCAAUCCAUCAAAUUCUUCACCUCCUGGUACAGGGAAAGAAGAUGGGAUCUGAAGCUGCUUGUCGGAUCCGGUGGAAUGCCUUCUGCGCAUUCAGCAACAGUUACAGCUCUUGCAGUAGCCAUUGGUUUACAAAAUGGCUUUGGAGGAUCACAUUUCGCUUUAGCAUUCAUUAUGGCAUCCAUUGUGAUGUAUGAUGCAACUGGAGUAAGAUUGCACGCAGGUCGCCAAGCCGAGGUUCUGAAUCAGAUAGUAUACCAACUUCCGGCGGAACAUCCCUUGGCCGAGAGAAGACCGCUGCACGAACUUCUCGGCCAUACCCCUCCACAGGUCAUAGCCGGUGGAAUGCUUGGAACCGCGACAACGGUUAUCGGAUACUUAGUCGUCAGGUUUGCUUCUGGAUAACGGACACUUUCUGGUUCGUCGCGUGAUGGGAGACCUACACGAAACAGAACUGCCGUUACUUUGAUAAAACAGUCAAGAUAAGCAAAUUAUGUCUGGAAAUUAGGGGUUUUUCCUUCACCCUUUUAUAUGGUUGUUUUGGUUUCGGUUCGAGUUCACUUCGUUGUAUUUUCAAAUUAAAAGAUUAUAUCACUGCAAAAAAUUAAUACAUUUUAAUAUAUA